AUGUCAGUUAAAACCACUAAAAAAAUAAUAACACCAUCCUUCUCACUAUCAUCAAGUGUUAUUGAUAUAGUUGCAACUAUUCCUACAUCAUUAGACAAUAAAAAAAUCCCAAUCACUGUAAACAUUGCAUUGAUAGAUUCGAAUCAAGCUUCAGAAGAUGGUGAAUAUAGAUCUGAUGAUGUGAGAGAUAUUUCAGAGACGAAUUUACAAUGUUAUCAUUAUUCUAUACCAUCUAGAUUAAAAACUCAAGAAGUUGUAAGUUCAGUAUUGUUAGAUACAGAUAAUGAUUACAUAAGAGAUAUUACCAGACAAUUAAGUGUACUAAUUUGUAAGAAAUAUGAACACCCAUGUUAUGUAUCAUGGUCAAGCAAUGGAUCAAUAAAUACAACAUCAAUGGAUCAUCUUUCAGUAAUAAAAGAAUGUGUUGCAUUCAUCAAAGAGUUAACGAGCACCCUUGAUUAA